GUUUGGAUACCCCAAAAUCUGUGCCCUUUUUGCAGCACCCAGUUUUAUUGUAAUCUCCAAUUUGUAGAGAGAGAGAGAGAAACAAACAAACAAACAAAAAAACCCACAAAUCCAAUUCCAAUUCCGAAUCGAAAUCAGUUCCAUUGAAAGAGAUUGAAGGAUUGAAUUUCUGUUCUUACUUUUCUCUUUCAUUUUCCAUUUUCCCCAUAUUUUUCUCCCCACUAGAUUCCGGAACUUUUCCGAGAUUAAAGAAGAUAAAAGCAAAGCAACCAAGUUCAUCUGUUACUCCCUUCGAAUUUUCCAACAAUCCAUCAAAACAGCACUUGGGUGUUCAUCAAUCCCCUGUUUCUGUUCUGUUUCUGUUCCUGUUCUUGAUCUGAUCCUUGAUUUUUCAACUCACUCUACACACAUUAACCAACUCUUUGUUGGGUUAUGAACGGAUGAACUACGACUGUUAAUCAGUUUGUUGCUAACCAUUUUCUCUGGGAAUCGGAUUCUGGUGGUGUUUGAUUAGUGUUUGAGAAGGGUUUUCUUGUUGGGUGUUUAUCGUUUACGGAUUUCCUUCCAAACCCACCUCGAAUCAACUGGGUUUAACCCCAAUUCUUUGUUAGGUUUUCGUUUCGACGGCGAUGGAAUUCCCACAUCGAUUCUGAUUUUUCGUUUGUGUUCGAUCGAGUUUUGUAGAUUCCGAUCAUGGCCGCCAAAUCUGGGUCGUUGGAUUCGUGGAGGAAUUACUUCCGGAAUGCGAAUUCGGAUAUCUUUAGCAUAAUCGAUUACGCAAUCUUGGUGGCGGCUUCUGAUUGCCCUAAAGAGUUCAAGUUGAGGAGAGAUCGAAUAGCAGAGCAGUUGUUCUCUUGCCGAUUGACUCGCUGUUUUGGCUGCGAUCGAGUGGAGCUAGCGGUGGUCGGCGACGACAGCGACGGCGGCGAAACGGGUUUCAAGAGCGAUUUUGCUGGAGAUGGGUGUGAGUUUGAAGGCGGUGGUAGCAAAGAAAGCAAGGUUUAUAGCAGUAGAGAUGAUGCAGGGGAGAUGAAUUUCAUUAGCUUUGGUGAAGCUGAAGCUGAAGCAUUAACUGAUGAAAUUGAACAAGAAUCUCAGAUUGUUGAGGAGGUUUUGAGGAUCAAAGAGAUUCUUAAUAACUUCGAAGAAGCGUCUGAUUCAGUGUUGUUUGAUUCACUUAGAAGACUUGAAUUGAUGGCUUUAUCAGUUGAUUCACUGCAGGCAACUGAGAUUGGCAAGGCUGUUAAUGGCCUCCGAAAGCACGGAUCGAAGCGCAUCCGCCAUCUUGCUCGAGUUCUUAUCUUGGAGUGGAAACAAAUGGUGGACGUGUGGGUAAAAGCCACCGCUGCGGUUCAAGCUGCAGAAGUCACACCCGACUCGAAAAACAAGUCUGCUGCUGCAACAGAAGAAGAAGAUGAUUAUGAAGAAGAAGGGCUUCCAUCUCCUCCUUUAGACGAAGCUGCAUUUUUUACGACGCAGCCGACAUCCAUGGAGCUCUCACAAUUCUUUGAUGGCAUGGACGAUGAUGGAAAUCCUCGAAACAGCGGGGAAGUCGUCAAGAACCGUGAUAAUGUGAGAAAAACAUCGAAUGGCGAUCCAAAUUCUACGAGGUGUAAACAACAAACCGUUCGAGAGGUCGACGUGCCUGCUAAGGUUAAUAAGAGUCAAAUGAAGGAACAAGUUGUGAAGCCAAAUUCUGGGCUUUUGAGGCCACAGAAGCUAAGCACAGAGCAGAAGAACACACAGCGCAAAAUGGAUAAGCCUACAAUCCCAAAGAGGAGCCAGCAAGAUAACUUCAAGAGCUCGGACGAGGUUGCGGUUCAAGUGAAACUUGAAGCUACAAAGAGGAAACUCCAAGAGAGUUACCAACAAGCUGAAAACGCCAAGAAGCAGCGUACGAUACAGGUUAUGGAACUACACGAUCUUCCCAAGCAGGGACUCGGCCAUCGAAAUCCACACAUAAAAUCUGGAGGAUACCAGCGGCAUUGGGCGAACGGUCGGCGUUAGGAUCGUCGAUGUUAAAAGGUAGAAGACUGAUGGUUCCAAGAAUCAGGUGGAAGGAAGAUGGUUCCAGCUAAAGCUCCCUGGCAAACAGUGUCUGUCUUGACCGACUUGCUCGAAGGUAAACAUCAAGAAACUUGGGUUCGGUUUCGGUCUGGCGUGCCGGAGAAGGCGGUCGAGAUUGUAAGGAGAGUUGGAGCUUUAUCCUGUUUACAUAAUUACUGUAUAGAAGGCUUGAUUUGAUAUCCUCUUCACUUCAGUGACUGUUUGUUACAUUCAAGGAAGCCUUUCUUUCAUAUAAUUUGGCACAAAAACAAGGUGCAGUCCCAUAAACAGUGUAAAAUCUGAUCUGUAUACUCCUUCUGAUGAUGAAUGCUCAUUGUUCUUAUGGAAUAAUAGCUACUGAUUCAUUCAAAUGCU